GCAAAGCAAAACUGGCUUUCAAAUCUUUGUAGAAUGUUUUAAUUUUCAAUUUUUACAAUAGAACACGUAUAAUAACAUUAUGGAAGUGUUUUAUAAUGUUACUAUUUCAGUGAAACGAACUUGCGAGGAAGUGAUCAAGUAUCGAGUGCAUUUAAGUGACGGACCACUCAACCAAAUCCGUCGCUGUUUUGUUUACUUUUUUUUCACGUAUCUUCCGUUGCCGUCGAUAAUAAUGAUGUUAAUGAUUUAAGUUGGACUAUUAUUUUUUUUGUCUCGGCACUUGUGUUUGGUGGUGAAUUUCAAAUGUCUUAUAACGUCAAAUAUAAAGUGGAACAGCAAUUAGAGGAGGCAAUCUACCAUCGGACUUAUUUAACCAACGGACAGCAUGGCCCGAACCAUCGCCGUAAUUUGCUUACGUUUUAAUGGCUUUACCUCAGUGGUCAGAGUUAAUAAUAAUUUUAAUGCUUUACAUGAUAAGAUAAGCUGUUAAAAGUUAACAUGUGGAAGAAGGAAUCAGACCGCUUCGAGUAUUUACAAACGCUCGUCACGGAGUUUCAGGACACCGACAGUGAUGAGGCAAAGGAGCAGGUUCUCGCCAACUUGGCCAACUUUGCGUACGAUCCGAAGAACAUGGAGCACUUGAAGCAGCUUCAGGUUGCUGAUCUCUUCCUGGACAUGCUCACAGAGGAGAACGACAACUUUGUGGAGUUCGGAAUGGGGGGGCUGUGCAACCUCAGCAUGGAUCCGGAAUGUCGCGACUUCAUCCUGCAGAGCGACGCCAUCCCUCUGGUCACAAACUGUUUGUCGAGUCCUCGGGAAGAGACGGUCCUGUCGGCUGUCGGCGCCCUCAUGAACCUGGCCGCGCCGUCGUCGCGCCCCCACAUCAGCGAUGUGGCCGUGGUUGAGUGCAUGCUGCGCUUUUCCCUGUGCGAGAGCCCCCGCCUGCGAAACCUGGCCCACGUCUUCUUGCAGGAUUGCUGUAGUGAGGACCAAGUGGGCCGAGCCCGACGGGAGAUGGCCGGACGGACGCAGACUGCGCUCGGCAUCCCGCUGCCUAAAGACUGAAGGAGCAUGAACUACAUUGGGAUUUGAUUUCCAGGGGACAUUUUACAGAACAGUGUAGCAUACUAUGUAUAAAGGCUGAAAUAGUGAUUUCCUCCUCCCUGAUCACUAAAAAGGAAUUUUCAGUGGACUUUUUACAGAACUAUCUAGGUCCCACUUUACAAGUACAGCUCAAUAAAUUUGAAUAUGGUAGAAAAGUCCAUUUAUUUCAGCACUCAUACAUUAUAUAGAUUCAUUCAACAAAAUAAUUUCCAGAGGGAAAAUUCCUGCCUAAUUUGUACAUUAAAAAUCAUUUUCAUUGUAAUCUAGUUUCUAGAGCGUUUAAAUUCAUUUUAAUGGUGAAAGAUUAUUUUUUGUGCAUUAACUGUUUUGAAUGUCCUGUACGGUGCCCUUGAGUGGUUUGAAAGGUACCUUGCUUGAAAACGUCUGUGAAUUGACAUAUAAAUAAAAUUGACUUUACUAUAA